CCCUCACGGAAUUAGCUGUAACGUUAAUGUUGUGUAUGACAAUACCAAAGCAGGACUUCUCGCGUUACGAAAAUAACAACAGAUGUAGAAUCCAGAAGUAAAAUUGCCUACAGAUGUGGUAAGGUACGAGCCACGGUCGACUCCUUUUGCAUCUCUAUGUCAACUUUUUUCUUUGUCUUUUUUAAAAGUGGCAGUAUACCUCAUGGCAACAUUUUCAUCUUUAUGUCUGUUUUGGUUGGGACAUUGGAAAAGAAGGACCAUAGAGAGAGAGAGAAAUUCCUACUGAAUGAAGAAUGUAUAGUCCAGCUGUGAGCCUCAUCCAUUCACGACGAACCACGGGUGUUUAUGAAGAAUCAACAUGUUCUACCAUCGAGGGGCAGUCUGUGAGCCUUCUUCGUUAUAACGGGUGUGUGUCUGGUUCACUGUCAGAGGGGAAAGAUCAGAGGUCACAGCAGGUCGGGGGCUAGAAGUUAGGGAUCAUGUCUGCCGUGACGUUCCAGGACCUUCCUCUUAACAUCUACAUGAUCAUCUUCGGGACCGGAGUCUUCAUCUUCGUCCUCAGCCUCAUCUUCUGCUGCUACUUCAUCAGUAAACUAAGGCACCAGGCUCGGCGAGAGAGGUUUGGAUACAAAGCGGUGGUAUUCAAAGGGGAUACAAAGAAACUGAAUCUGCACGGGACAUGUGCAGUGUGCUUGGAGGACUUCAGAGUGAAAGAUGAGCUAGGAGUGUUGCCAUGCCAACAUGCCUUUCACCGGAGUUGCCUGGUGAAGUGGCUGGAGGUGCGCUGUGUGUGUCCCAUGUGUAACAAGCCCAUCACUGGACCACCUGAACAUCACCACAGCCUGGGCACACUACUGGAUGAACUGGUGUAGCGUGUUGUCAUGGCGAUACCGUUGGAACGGAGUGGUGUGACGUGUUGAUAUGACAACACAGUUGGAAUAGACUGGUCUAACAGACUAUGCGUUGUUAAAGUGAAUUUACCGGACAAACUGUUCUUAAGGUCCAGGUAGAAAACUACAACAAUGGAGAAAAAAAGAUUCAGAUUUCAGACCCUCAUGUAUUGAUAAUGAGACGGGACACAGAGCAUUAUGGGUACUGUAGUAUAUCAUACUACACCUUAUCAAGUGGAGUCAGUCAUUUAAUGCCCAAACCUCUACAGUGCUCACUCAACCAGUUUCAGGAAUGAGGGCAGGAUUCCCAAACCAAACUCUGGGACUAAAAUGUCCCCCUCAACCCUCAGUCACUGUCUGGACGAGGGCUUACCUGUUGAGGGAGAACUUCAGGUAACUCAUGGGCCACAUUGCCGAACGCCCAGAUAAAAAAAUAUGAUGUAGAACAGACAUGCCUCUCUGAAAUGUAGGGUGAGGAAUCACGUCAACUCUAUUUGUGCCAUUUCUAUCUGCAACAUCCAGUAUGUUGCAACCCUGGGGAUGAUGACAUACAUUUAUUAUUACUGUGACACGUUUCCUGCUGACUACACUGUGUGUGUGUGUGUGUGUGUGUGUGUGUGUGUGUGUGUGUGUGUGUGUGUAUCCUGCUUAUAUUAAGUGGGUGUGACACACUCCUGUUUUGACCUGUAGGAGGAACCGACAACGACAAUGCAUUUAUUCCGACCAGUAGUUCCUAUAGAUUUGCCAAACAAGCUUUUGCAGUUUAUUGUAUUUAGAAUGAAGAGCGAUUCAGACUCAUUCCCUUCUGAACGGUAAACUGAAGUACUGCCCAAUAGCUAAGUCGACAUUCCCUACGCGAACAGCGCAAAGAUUUUUCUAUUGAAAUGGAAAUCAUAAGACAAUAUCUGCUUUAGUAAAUAUGAGAAAAGGUC